AUGCCUGCCGCCACUUCUUCUCUUUUGCUUCUCUUAUCCUUCUUCUUCUUCACCUUCCACGUAGCCCAAACCACAGCAAACAACGAUCUGCAGACCUACAUCAUUCAAGUCGGUAAUCCCCAAGGCAGAACCUUGGCAGAAUCAGAAGAUGUAGAGACUUGGUACCGCUCGUUCCUACCAACGACAACAUCCUCCACCACCACCACACAGCAGCAGAAGGGAAAUGACCGUCUGCUCUACGCUUACCAUGACGUGAUCAGCGGAUUCUCGGCAAGGCUGACACCAUCAGAAGUCAAAGACAUGGAGGCAAAAAACUUCUUCAUAUCAGCACGACCCGAAAGAUCACUCAAGCUACAGACCACACACAGCCCCAAGUUCUUGGGGCUCCAACAGCGGCAAGGGGUCUGGAAAGACGCCAACUUCGGAACCGGGGUGAUCAUUGCAGUACUCGACGGCGGAGUCCUGCCUUCUCACCCUUCAUUCAGCGGCCAUGGCAUGCCCCCGCCGCCAGCCAAAUGGAAAGGGAAAUGCGAGUUCAAAGACUCAUCGCUAUGUAACAACAAGCUGAUCGGCGCGAGGUCUUUCAACUUGGCAGCCAAGGCGAGAAGUAAUGGGACGGUACCUGAGGAACAACCACUUGACAUCGACGGUCACGGAACUCACACGGCCAGCACAGCUGCUGGCGCUUUCGUCAGCAAUGCUGACGUUCUUGGAAAUGCUAGAGGGACAGCAGCUGGAAUAGCACCUUCUGCUCAUCUCGCCAUUUACAAGGUCUGCUUUCCGGAUGGCGGCGUGGAUUGCGCAGAAAGCGAUAUACUCGCAGGGAUGGACGCUGCAAUUCAGGACGGAGUCGAUGUGAUGUCCAUAUCCAUUGGAGAUGAUCCUGGUACGCCGCUUUUCGACGACAUUAUGGCCGUCGGCUCGUUCGCCGCCAUCGAGAAGGGGAUAUUCGUGAGCUGUUCCGCUGGUAACUUUGGGCCAACCAACAGCACGUUGUCGAACGAAGCUCCAUGGAUUCUAACGGUCGGAGCGACCAGCUUGGACAGGAUGCUCGUUGCUACGGCGAAGCUUGGAAACGGUGCGGUGUACGAUGGCCAAUCCAUUUCCCGGCAGAAAAACAGUAAGCAGCCGGAAAAACAACUGCCACUCGUGUUCGCAGGAGCUGGCCGCCUCUCGAAUUCGUCCUUGUGUGGUGAAGGAGCGCUCAAUGGCCUUGAUGUGAAAGGAAAAGUUGUUCUCUGUGAGAGAGGCAUCGUAGGGAGAAUUGCGAAAGGCCAAAUGGUGAAGGAUGCAGGCGGGGCAGCCAUGAUUCUCAUGAAUAAAGAGAUAGACGGGUUCAGUACACUGGCCGAUCUCCACGUUCUUCCAGCUGCACACGUCAGCUUUGCUGACGGGGAGAAGAUCAAAGCUUACAUAAACUCGACGAGGUGGCCAACUGCGACGGUUGUGUUUAGAGGAACUACCUUGAGGGACACGUCAACAUCAGCUCCGGCCAUGCUUUCAGUCUCGUCGAGAGGUCCUGCAACACAGAGCAAAGGGAUUCUGAAGCCAGACAUUGUUGGUCCAGGUGCAAACAUUAUAGCAGCUUGGCCAUUCUCUCUAGAGAACGCAACAGUCACUGCACCAACCUUCAACGUGAUGACAGGGACAUCAAUGUCUUGCCCUCAUCUAAGUGGAGUUGCAGCAUUGCUCAAAGGCUCCCACCCAUCUUGGUCGCCGGCAGCCAUAAAGUCUGCCAUGAUGACUACUGCAGAUGUCACGAACAUUGCCGGAAAGCCGAUUGUUGAUGAGAAACAUCAGCCUGCUGACGUCUUUGCCAUUGGUGCAGGGCAUGUGAAUCCAACAAAGGCCAACAACCCAGGUUUGAUAUACGACAUUAAACCCGAUGACUACAUGUCGUAUCUGUGUGGGUUAGGGUACACAGACCAGCAAGUUGGGAAGAUUGUUCGUAGAAAUAUCAAAUGUGCAGAGCAAGAGAAGUUACCAGGAGGGCAGCUGAACUAUCCUUCAUUCUCUGUCACACUUGGACAUUCUCAGACAUUCACCCGGACAGUGACCAACGUUGGAACAGCUAGUUCAGUUUAUGCAGUGAAGAUUAACCCUCCAUCUGGAGUUUAUGUCACGGUCAAACCUUCAAUCCUCAGCUUCUCCGACAUGAACCAUAAGGCUACAUAUGCUGUCACAUUCACUCGUGCUAGAAAUAACACUGCAAUCCGACCAUUUACUCAAGGGUAUAUAGCAUGGACUUCUGAUAAAUACUCUGUCACGAGUCCAAUAUCGGUGACAUUGCAGUGA